ACCACCACCAUCGAUGACAACCAUGUCUUCUUCGUCUUCAAGGCCCUUCGACCAGCCCCCGGUUCCCUUCGACAACUUCGAGUUCACCUUCGAUCCCUCCCUCAGCGCACUCUUCCCCUCGCCAGCCCCGCUGCCAUCCUCUGCAGGCCUCUUCUCUGCCUCAGAGGAGACCGACAUCCUUGGUUUUCUCGACAACUUCAACUGGGAAUUUGACUCUAAUGCUCUUCCACCCGGUCAACUUGAUUCUGCGCCUCCAGCACCCCUCCCAUAUCCCUUUCAUACAAACUCACUUCCGAAUGGGCACGAACCACCACAUCCAUCGUCUUUGUUCGCUACCGAGGGUUCGAUGUCACAUCUGCACAUGAACGGCGAUGCUUCCCGUCCAUCCUCAUCACGGACGCGCUCUUCCCCAACAUCACCCGUAGAGCCUUCGACGCCGAAGACAAACGGACGCACCGGCACGAGCAAUGGCAAAGCUAAAGCCAAAACCGGACCUAAAGCACCACUCCUAUCCACUCCCCAGAAACGUCUAAACCACAUCAUGUCCGAGCAGAAACGGCGGAACGCCAUCCGCGAAGGCUACGCCCAACUCACCACUCUACUCGCCCCUGCCGGUGCUCCUCCAGGCACUGGGAUGCCUACGCGAGGAAGGCCAAAGGGGAGCGGGAGCAGGAGUAAGGGGAAUACGAAGGGCAAGAGUGGUGUGCUGUUCAGGGCGGUAGAAUAUUGUCAUUGGUUGGAGGAUGGAAUUGAGGCGUUGAGGGCGGAGGUGUUGAGGGUGGAAGCGGCGGCCGGGAUACAUGGCAUACCUUGAGAUUCGGAUCCAUGACUUGACCUCCCAGGUACCUCUGUCCCGUCCCAUAAUCUGUAUCUCGAGCAGCAGCCUACGUGGCCUAGUGGGUGGCACAUAAUGCCUCACACACUUUGUGCUUUGAAUGUCACAACCAAGCUAUAUCAAUGCACACUUGUACUAGUAGAUCCUUACGUUGUACACUAUUGUAUCUUAAGACUAACACGCUGGCCGUUCCUAUGC